UCCCAUUUCCAAUCUUAUAUCCCGAACCCACUAGCAUUGUUCAGGUGGCGGUUCUUGUCCAUCCUUCCACAGCAGGUUGCGCGCGUCGAUUAUUUCCACGACAGAGUUGAGAUCCUCAUUAUAUAAGUGCGUGAAGCCGAAAAACACAACACACCCUUCACCCGGAUUUCAUUUGUUGGUUAGAAGUUAAAACUUAAAAGGGAAAAUGAAUCUUUGAUCAAAAUCCAGAUUUGUGGAGAGAAGAGAAGAAUGGGUGAUUACCAUUUCGUGUACAAGGACUUAGAAGGAGCCUCUACUCAAUGGGACGAUAUUCAGAGAAAGCUUGGAAAUUUGCCAGAAAAACCACCCGCUUUCAAGCCCCCACCUUUCACCCCUGCCUCUGAUCAUCAACCCAAAGACCAAACUUGGCUCGAUUCCAAAACCUCCGAAGAACUCGAAGACCUCGAAGAUGACCUCGAUGAUGAUCGCUUCCUCCAAGAAUACAGGAAGAAGAGGUUGGCUGAGAUGCAAGAGGCAGCUAAAGUUUUGAGGUUUGGAUCAGUGAUUCCCAUUUCAGGAUCUGAUUUCAUUCGAGAGGUUUCACAGGCUCCAUCUGAUGUUUGGGUGGUUGUAGUCCUAUACAAGGAUGGGAUUCCUGAAUGUGGGUUGUUGUUGCAAAGCAUUGAAGAAUUAGCAGUAAAAUAUCCUGCAACAAAAUUUGUGAAGAUAAUAUCUACUGAUUGCAUUCCAAACUACCCAGAUCGAAAUGUUCCUACUUUAUUGGUUUACAACAAUGGAGCAGUCAAAGGAAAUUAUGUGGGUUUGCAUAGUUUUGGGCGAAGAUGCACUCCUGAAGGUGUUGCAUUAGUCUUGUGCCAAUCGGAUCCUGUACUUAAUGAUGGCCAUAAUAGAAAUGAGCAUUCAAGACAGGCUGUCAUUGAAGGAGUCCGCAAACGGUUUAUAGAGAAAGUUGUUGCUGAUCAUGAAGAGAAUGAUGAUGAUUACUCAAGCGAUUAGCAUUUUUUUUUUAUUGUCUUUGUUGCUUUCUUUGGAGCUGUUUGUGUUUUAUGUAAGAUGUUUCCAAUCAAAGAAGUGAUCAAUGCUAAUGUGUGAUUUUGUUCCUUUGUUUCUGAUGUCAAGUUAAAGCAAUUUUCCUAGAGUCUAUGAUUAAAAAGUAAGCUCUUGUUGAACUCAAAAUAGAUAUCAUGGUUUCAUUUUGGGUAUGUUUGGAUUGAUGGAUUAGAAAUGGAUGGAAUGGAAGAAAAUGGAAUAGAAUCACAUCAAUUUCCAUUA